UUCAUUCCUCUGUUUUUUUUAUUCAUCUUGCCGAAGCUCUCUCUUUCUCUUUCUCUCUAUCUCUCUGGAACGUGGUGGAUGGCAAAAAACAACAAGUACACCUCUAUUAACUUCAAUCAUGUCUACGAGAAAACCGUAAGCAGCAAAAGCAACAGUAACAUCAACGGCACAAACAAAUUAAAGAACCCUUCUCUUUCUCCUUCACAAUCUUACUCUUCCGCAUCAUAUUCUUCAGUAUCUGCACCCAACAAACCUCAUGGCCGUAUUCUCGUUCUAACCCGACCCACUCCCAAACCCGUUACGCCUCCACCACCCCAACACCCGAUCCAGCAGGUCCCGGAUCAAACCCGGUCCGAACCGGGAUCCGACGCGAUCUCGCUUCGUCCCUUGGGUCGAACCGGAACCGGGUCUUCUUUUUCUUCGUCCCCUGUCCUGAACCAUGAUAAAGACAAGGACUUGCCUUCUCCGCAGCCUCCGAAACCGGACAAGUUCGUGCCACCGCACCUUCGGCCCGGGUUCGUUCGGAGAGAGGAUGGGCCUGGGCCGGAAAUGGGUCGGUCCAGGGAAGACCGGCGACCCAAGUCGGGUGGUGUGUAUGAGAGGAUGAGGAGGGUUGGCGGGUCGGAUAUUGGAAUCAUGGGUCGUGGGAAUCGACCUAGUUCGAGUGGAUGAAUGGUAAUGAAAUUGAAUUCUUUUCCGAGGACGAAGAUAAAUGCAACUUGCUACAGAGAUUGGUUCUCUAUGCCAAUUCACUGCAUGUAUCCUUUGUCCCUUUGGAACUGACAUCAAAUUUUCACAAAGAUGGAAUCUCAAAUCACUGAAGACGAAACCUGACUGACCAGGUGGCAGAUUCUCAACACCUAACGUCGGAAUUUGUAACGAAAUUUGUUGUGCUGUGGAAGGCUUUAACACUCAAUUUAUUCUCUUGGUUGGUGUCUGGCCCCUCUUUUACCACGUGCCAAUAGACUGUAGAAUCAACAUACAUAUUUUUAAUUCCCAGCUAAACUGUUUUUUUAUUUUUAUUUUUAUUUUUUUUCUUCUUUAGGGCUUACCUUUUUACUGUGAGCACAUGUUGUUUGAGAGGAGAUCUUAUCCUUUAUAUAUUGUUGUAUUUUGCUUGACGCAUUUUUGUCGAUACUUGAGCCAAGUCCCCUUCAUUAGUUACACUCUGGUUUGGCUUUUUCUGUGCCUAGAAAUGUUUUUACUUACUCAUGUCAGUAAUGUUCAUAUCAUGUGGACAAAAG